UUAUCUUGUAGACGACGUAGUAGAGAGUUGGAAAACUAGGAACUCCCAAAACAUCGCUCUGCCAGCGCGGGAAAGAAAGAAACACCUUCAAUGGCGGCAGCAGCAGCAAUGGCAGCAGCAGCGUCAAUAGCAUUAUCAUCCUUAUCCAUAUCAUCAACUUCAUCAAUUUUCUCAAAACCUAGUCUUAAUUGUAGAAAUAUUAAAAGAAUUCCCUUUAUUAGGUCUGCCAUUUCAUCAUCUUCAACCUCAAAGAAAACUGAAUUUAACAUUUCUUUUGGUUCAUCUGGAAGUACCACAAAGACCGUAAAUCCUAAAGAAGAAAAUUCACCAAAAAAAUCAUCAAAAAGUCUUGAAUCAUCGUCAACCCCAUCAGUUCCAUUUUUAAUUCCUUGGAUUGUUCGUGGUGAAGAUGGGAAACUUCAAAUGCAAUCUACUCCUCCUGCUCCAUUACUUCAUGCUAUGGCUACUGCAAAUACAUCCACUCCUACCAAGAAGAAGAAGAAAGUCAGUGCUACUAAAGGGGUUUUGACUUCUGUACCUAAACAUUCAAAGGCUGCCAGAAGGUUUUAUAACGAGAAUUUUAGAGAUCCUCCUCAACGUAUAAGUAAAGUUCUUGCUGCUGCUGGAGUGGCAUCAAGGCGGAAAUGCGAAGAGCUAGUUUUUGAUGGCCGCGUUACCGUCAAUGGUUCUGUUUGUAAUACUCCUCAGACUAAAGUAGACCUUGCAAAGGAUAAUAUAUACGUUAAUGGAAACCGCAUUUCUAAGAAGCUUCCUCCAAAGGUGUAUUUAGCUCUUAAUAAACCAAAAGGGUAUAUUUGUUCUAAUGUGGAUAAGGAGUUGAAAUCUGUCUUUGCAUUGCUUGAUGAUUACUGGAAGGGUUGGAGUAAACAAAAUACAGGGUUGCCAAGGCCUCGGCUAUUCACUGUCGGUAGACUUGAUGUUGCCACUACUGGGCUGAUUAUUGUUACUAAUGAUGGGGAUUUCGCUCAAAAACUUUCACAUCCUUCGUCCAACUUAACAAAAGAAUACAUUGCAGCUGUUGAAGGUGUUGUUAGUAAACGACAGUUAGUAACCAUCAGUGAAGGUACGGUUAUCGAUGGUGCCAAAUGUAUACCUGAUGCUGUAGAGUUACUACCGCAACAGCCAAAUGUAUCUAGAUCUCGGCUUCGAAUCGUGGUACAUGAAGGGAGAAAUCAUGAAGUCCGGGAACUUGUGAAGAAUGCUGGACUUGAGAUCCACUCUCUGAAGCGUAUGCGGAUAGGAGGUUAUGGACUUCCCUCAGACCUUGGGCUCGGGAAAUACCUCGAAUUAAAACAAGGGGACCUCAAAUCAUUGACUGGAGGGAGGAGCUAAAGACAGUUUCUGCUCAAUGCCCUUAUUGCUGGUAUACCCUCCGAUUGACCGCAGUUUCACAGCUCUCUUUGUCGGAGAUUGUUUAGCUGGUAUCCGUAAAGGCCCCCUCACCUUUAUAAUCUUAGUGCGGUAGGAAGGUUCAAUCAGUAUUGUUCUCAAAUCCAUACUCAAUUCCAGUAUGUAAUCCAUGUUUAUAUAUUGUAAAUGUCAGGCAAACAUGUAUUCAAGAGUCGAUUAAGCGGAGGCGAGAGUCCACCAGAAAUUUACAGUGGGAUAAGGCUCUUAAGAUUUGUAUUACAAUUUUUUGGUUGGAGACCUAGGUAUUCUACCAACACACAAAUUUCUUCAUGAUUUUCCUGUUUGUCAAUGAAGACUAAUAAUACAUCCAGUCAUCCACUUGCGA